AUGUCAUUGGAGAAUCCUCCGACGAGUGCGUCGGGGUUGACGUCGCUUCCAGCCAUGGGCUGGAUGCGCUUCGCGAAGGACCUGUUCGAUGGACACAUCGAACAGAUAUGCAUCCUUUCAGACAUUGAAAGGAUGAAGAGCGAAGCGGAGGAGUUGAGAGUUGAGAGAACUCCACGCUGCGAGUACAACUGA